AUCAACAAGAUCCUUGCACAGGGCAGAGCCAUAUCCAAGUCCUAUCUACUACUAUGCCGGCAGAGACAGCUUCCACGCGUCUGGCGGUGGCUCCAUUGAGUUUGCCGAUAGCAAGGGCAACGUGGUGAACAUGAACGACCACAGGUGCACCCGGCGGCAAUGCCCCUGCGUUUGUUGGACCGUGUGCUAAAUAAGCCGCUCACCCCGGCGGGCAAGCCGUUUGUGCGCCUGCUGAAAGCCAUGACUAAAUUGCCCGCGGUGACUCUUGUGGCGCCGCCCGAGCCGGGUGCGUGGGUGAACUGGCCGCUGUCAGGCGUCUACACAAGCUGGGAGGGCAAGACACCGGCUAGCUUUGGCUGCACAGAGAAGCAGCUGGAGAACGCCAAGAAGUAGGGGAAGUAGAGGGAUAGUGCUUGGACAGUAAAUUACAUUGCAGGAUGCCCUUGGUCUGUUGGGCAGUAGCAUGGCAUGCACGGCGUGCGGGAUAGGUGCACCAAAGCAAGUAGUACAACUGGCGGCGGGGGGCAGUGGGCGGUGAAUGUUGUUGAGUCCUUGCAAGCACUUGUUGGUCGUGAAGCUGGCUUACAUGCGUGUCAAGGUGUGCCAAAGAGUCAUGUUGGUGCUGCAAUUUAUACGGCAGCCGGGUGCCGGGGGGUGGGGCGGCAACCGGGAGCCGGGGGCUGGGGCGGCAGCUGGGCGGGGCCUGGGCGGCAGCUGGGCGGGCCUGGGCGGCAGCUGGGCGGGCCUGGGCGGCAGCUGGGCGGGGCCUGGUUAGUGCGUGCGCUAUGCGUGUGUCCUGCGGCCUAGACGUUUCCCGGCACUUCUGUACCUAGGCUUGUGGCGAUAAGGCACAGCGGUGGGGCUCUGGCGGGUUGAGGCCUGGCUAGGACUCACAGUGCGCGGAGUCACACAGACUUUGUCCACAGGAGGGUUUGCAGCAAAGUCGGGGUUGGUGGAGUCAAGUUGGGCCCUGAUAGCAUGUGAUGGCUCGGCGUCUUCGGGUGCUGGGACUGUCCCCUCUGUAACUUCCGCAUUCUUAUACAUGCCCGCAUACGACAUAACCAGCGCCCAACACUUGAACCAACACAGCAACACUGCGCAAUGCCCAGCUGUGCGUGUUUCCAAGCGGGCAGCCCAGCAGGGCGUGUCCUGUGUGCGUGUGCUUUGGGGAAGUAUGUUUCCGGGCAUGGCCUGCUUGUGUGGCCCCAUCUGAGCAGCAGGCACAUGCAUCUUAUCCAUGCCCGCAUCCGACAUAACCAGUGCCCAACACUUAAACCAACGCUGCACAAUGCCCAGCUGUGCAUGUCUCCAAGCGGGCAGCCCAGGGGGGCGUGUCCUGUGUGCGUGUGCUAUGGGGAAGUGUGUUUCCGGGCAUGGCCUGCUUGUGUGGCCCCAUCUGAGCGGCAGGCACAUGCAUCUUAUCCAUGCCCGCAUCCGACAUGACCAGCGCCCAACACUUGAACCAACGCUGCGCAAUGCCCAGCUGUGCGUGUCUCCAAGCGCGCGGGCAGCCCAGGGGGGCGUGUCCUGUGUGCGUGUGCUGUGGGGAAGUGUGUUUCCGGGCAUGGCCUGCUUGUGUGGCCCCAUCUGAGCAGCAGGCACAUGCAUCUUAUCCAUGCCCGCAUCCGACAUGACCAGCGCCCAACACUUGAACCAACGCUGCGCAAUGCCCAGCUGUGCGUGUCUCCAAGCGGGCAGCCCAGGGGGGCGUGUCCUGUGUGCGUGUGCUGUGGGGAAGUGUGUUUCCGGGCAUGGCCUGCUUGUGUGGCCCCAUCUGAGCAGCAGGCACAUGCAUCUUAUCCAUGCCCGCAUCCGACAUGACCAGCGCCCAACACUUGAACCAACGCUGCGCAAUGCCCAGCUGUGCGUGUCUCCAAGCGGGCAGCCCAGGGGGGCGUGUCCUGUGUGCGUGUGCUGUGGGGAAGUCCUGUGGGGCAUGGCCUGCUUGUGUGGCCCCAUCUGAGCGGCAGGCACAUGCAUCUUAUCCAUGCCCGCAUCCGACAUAGCUGCAUACAAUGGAUUAUGUGUCCUAGCAAUGGCAUUACCAGAUCUGGGAAGGGAGCUGGCUGGCAUGCGCAAUGGGGCAGCACUGCUGCAUGAGAGACCCUACAUUCAGCUUCUCAACUUGUUAGUAUGACUCUCUCAUAAGACUCAUACUUGACGCUACAGAUUUAAUACUUACAAGUUGUUAAAUGUAUCGCUGAGCUGUUACAGCCUAUCACCGCCGUUGCAAGCGAUAUCGGCAUGCAGUGUUCCACGUUCGCAAACCCUCUAUGAUACUGCACGAUGCUAUUUCAUAGCAACUAUGUUAGACACAAGGUUGCGAGCAUGCCUGAGGGGUUGGCGGAGGUGCUACAAACUUGGUCAAAGUGGAGGCCUUUAUCGCUGACCAUCGCCGACCUGCACAAGAUUCAAGGCCAAACAGGCUCACAGCCCGAUAAUGUAACGUUCUGACUGAGAACUCGCAUUGUAUCAGCUCAAAGUGUCUACAGCAGUGUUUUGCUGUCACGGUCAACAACCAUGCGUUUGCCCUGCCUGCGCUUUCGCACGGAGUCCUAAUAGUUUCAAUCGCUUAUGCAUGGAAAUAUCUGCUUACAAUUCCCCGGCCGCCAUAUCCUCAUGUCAACCUUGGUCUGCGCGCUAGGCAUCGGUGCAUGUGCUGCAUGUCACCAUGCCUGUUGCAACGCUGGUGGUGCUGUGUAUGCAGGUGAUAUGUGCGCAAACAUGGAGGCGCAUGGGGCCAAAGGAGCGCGACGAGGUAGCCAAAGGGAUCCAGGAGCAAGCAAAAAGGGUAUGUGAACAGGGUUGAACAAGGGCAGGGGAGCCGCUGCUACAUGACAAGGGAAUGACUAGAAUGACAGGACAUGCAACGGUGUCUGUAGACACCACAAAAGACGGUGGGACGCGUCCUGCUUGUACUGCUGGCUAGGCUACCGGAC